AUCUCCAGAAAGGCCAACUGGUGAUUUACGAGAGAGAAUGAAGAACAAAAGGCAAGAUGUGGAAUCUGAGCCACAGAAGAGAGCCCAGGAUGAGACUUCAUCUCCAACAAGGAGGGAUUCUUCGAGGAGCAGACAUAGGGAAAAAGAAGAUGCUAACCUCAAAAUUACGAAGGAGCGCACCCCAGAAAGUGAGGAAGAACCAGCUGAUUGGGAAGCAGGCAGGGAUGAUUCUGAUAAUGGAGAUAUUAACUAUGAUUAUGAUCAUGAACUGUCCCUUGAGCUGAAGCGGCAGAAAAUACAACGGGAGCUGAUGAAACUUGAACAGGAAAACAUGGAAAAAAGAGAGGAAAUAGUCAUCAAGAAGGAGAUUUCUCCAGAACCAGUGAGAAAUAAGCACUCCCCGUCUCCAAGAAAGACAAGCAAAUCUCCUAAGCGUAGAACAAGUCCCAAAUUAUCUUCAUCUGGUAAGAAGGAGAAAAAAGGAUCAAGAUUUUCAUCACCUGUAGGAGACCAGCAAAGAAGAUCUUCAAAGGUGCAACAGGGUAAAAAGAAAGGGCCUCGUACUCCUAGCCCACCACCCCCUAUUCAUGAAGAGAUUCCUGUAACUAAAAAACAUAAAGAAAAACUAAGGGCAAAGGAGAGAAUUGAAGAAAAGGCCCGUGAAAGUAGAGAAAAAGGAAGGGAUGUAGAAAGGCAUAAAGAGAGAAAAGAAAAGCACAGGGAUCAUUCAGAUAGCCUGCAUAGACAGAAGAGGUCUCUAAGUCCUGAGGAACAGUCUGGCAGCACCUCUUCUCGUUCCAGAGAAUAUUCCCCACCAACAGCAAGGAAAAAAUCAGUCUCUCCAGCUCCACCUAAGUCAACUUCAUCUUCCUCUUCUCGGAAGCAUUCUUUCUCCCCACGUCACAGAUCGCCAUCUUCCCAGAGACAACAUCAAACACCCACGGUAUCUAGGCAGCACUCCCCAUCCUCGCGGUCAGCUUCACCUGGAACAAGACAGUCAACGUCACCACACCACAAGAGAUCCACUUCGCCAAGUUACCAUCGUGCUGCAACUCCCUCUCGAAGGCGUUCUCCAUCACCAUAUGCUCCACGCUCCUCAUCUCCGCAAAGAAAACAGAGCCCAGUCAGGCACAGAUCCUCUGGCCAAGAAAAGGGCAAACAUGAACAGGAAACCUCGCCAUUACAAGAGCGACGUCGUGAAAAAAGGGAAGGUAAAAACAAAUGGAUUUUGGGAAAGAUUAAGCUGAGUUUAAGUGCAACUUAUAUUUUUAAGAAGUAG